AUGCUAAGCAAGACUCAACCGCGGCGCGCCUUCCAUGUGGUUGCUGUCGUAGCCUUUUUUACGACUCUUAUCCUGCUUAUGAGCUGGAGUACCAUCUUCAACACGAGCAAGACACAAUCUCCCGUUUUGCCCCUUCCACCUCAUCAAGACGGCCUGGGAGGCAGUGGCUCUGGAGACCGGGCGGGUGAGCGACAUUGCCAUUUCCAUGCCGGGGUAGAACACUGCGUUGGGGGUAAUGUCGACGAGUCGGCUUCGCGCUGUGAGCGCAUUGAUAGGGACUAUAACAUCCCCCUGCGGAUUGGGGCUUUGUUUGUGGUGUUGAUAGCCACUUCCAUCGGCGUAUAUGGCCCGAUUCUUGUAGCUGCCAUCCUCCCCCCGAAAACGAGCCUGAUCUCUGCAGUACUAAAACAGUUCGGCACCGGUGUCAUCAUUUCAACUGCGUUUGUCCACCAGAUAUUGCUAUGGCGGUCCGCAAAAAAGGGCGACACGGCUGAGGAGGACCCAGGAAAGCCUGCCGUUUCCGCAGAACUAGUCAAUGUGGCCAUACUCGAAGCUGGCAUUAUGUUCCAUUCUCUGCUUUCGACGGCCCGUAAGAUUCUCUUAGCCAGCGGCUUCGCCUUCGUCACUCCCGUGGGAAUGGCGGUCGGCAUCUGCCUCCUGAAGGUCUUCAACGGGAAUGACCCCUCCACUAUUGUGGCUAUUGGCUCAAUCGACGCUUUCUCCGCCGGCAUCUUGGUAUGGGUUGAGAUAGUAGCAAUAUGUGCUAGGGUGGCUUAA